GGGACUGGGGCGUCCGGCCUGAGCUUCAGAGGGCAGCGACGCCCGGACAGACCGGGACCUGGAGCUGGUUCUGCUCCUAACGUCCGAGCCCGCCGGCCAGGGGCCUCGGGACCCAGCCAAGUCCCACCCCCGCUCGAGAAAAGGAAGUUUCUUUGCAGUUGUGACUUGGCACCUGCAGUCAGGGUGCUGCGGGUGAACUGGAGUCCCGGAAGCGGGGCCGGGCGGAGGAGAGGUAGGAAGGCGUGCUUCAGGCACUGCCGCUCUUCUCGUCGUUUAACGGCCUCAGAUAUCAGGACACAACGGUAACGGCACCGCGCGUGUCAUUCCCCCUGCGUGCAUUUUUCGAGCGGAGUGGCUUACAUUUCCACAUACUUAUCAGAAGUUACUCACUGACAAAGUGAUGUUUUCUUCCCAUGUUGAGACUAUCCGAGUACUAAAGCAUAAUGCUUCUGAAGUGAAACCCUAAUGAUGAAAAAUAUAGAUCCAUCCGGAUUGGAAACACAGCCUUUUCUACUAGACUCUUGCCUGUCAGAGGAGCUGUUGAAUGUUUAUUUGAAAUGGGCUUUGAAGAGGGAGAAACACAUCUCAUCUUUCCUAAAAAAGCUUCAGUGGAGCAGCUGCAAAAAAUUCGUGACCUGAUUGCCAUAGAGAGAAGUAGCAGACUGGAUGGCUCAAAUAAGAGCCACAAAGUAAAGUCAUCUCAGCAACCUGCAGCCAGUACCCAGCUUCCUACAACACCAUCUUCAAAUCCCAGUGGGUUAAACCAGCACACAAGGAACCGUCAAGGGCAGUCAUCAGAUCCACCAUCUGCUUCAACGGUUACUGCUGAUUCAGCCAUUCUAGAAGUUCUUCAGUCCAACAUUCAGCAUGUGCUGGUCUAUGAAAAUCCUGCUCUUCAGGAGAAAGCGUUGGCUUGUAUUCCAGUCCAAGAACUAAAAAGGAAAUCACAAGAAAAGUUAUCCAGAGCUAGAAAAUUGGAUAAAGGUAUCAAUAUAAGUGAUGAGGAUUUUCUUUUGCUGGAGCUUUUGCACUGGUUUAAGGAAGAAUUUUUUCACUGGGUGAAUAACGUUUUGUGCAGCAAAUGUGGUGGACAGACUAGGUCUAGAGAUAGAUCAUUACUGCCCAGUGAUGAUGAGCUGAAGUGGGGUGCAAAGGAAGUGGAAGAUCAUUACUGUGAUGCCUGCCAGUUCAGCAAUCGAUUCCCAAGAUAUAAUAACCCUGAGAAACUUUUGGAAACAAGAUGUGGACGGUGUGGCGAGUGGGCCAAUUGUUUUACACUGUGCUGCCGAGCUGUAGGGUUUGAAGCUCGCUAUGUUUGGGAUUACACAGACCAUGUCUGGACAGAAGUCUAUUCUCCUUCUCAGCAGCGGUGGCUGCACUGUGAUGCAUGUGAAGAUGUCUGUGACAAGCCACUCCUUUAUGAAAUAGGAUGGGGCAAGAAGCUUUCCUAUGUCAUAGCAUUUUCAAAAGAUGAGGUAGUUGAUGUCACUUGGCGAUAUUCCUGCAAACAUGAAGAGGUGAUUGCCAGAAGAACUAAGGUUAAAGAAGCAUUACUUCGAGACACUAUUAAUGGGCUUAAUAAGCAGAGGCAACUGUUUUUGUCAGAAAACAGAAGGAAAGAACUUCUCCAGAGGAUAAUUGUGGAGCUUGUUGAAUUUAUAUCUCCCAAAACCCCUAAACCUGGAGAACUUGGGGGAAGAAUAUCUGGGUCAGUGGCUUGGAGAGUAGCCCGAGGUGAAAUGGGUCUACAGAGAAAAGAAACCUCGUUUAUUCCCUGUGAAAAUGAGAAGAUUUCUAAACAGCUCCACCUUUGUUAUAAUAUUGUGAAAGAUCAUUAUGUUCGAGUUUCAAAUAACAAUCAAACCAUUUCUGGAUGGGAGAAUGGUGUGUGGAAAAUGGAAUCUAUAUUCAGAAAAGUUGAAACAGACUGGCACAUGGUAUAUUUGGCCCGAAAGGAAGGAUCAUCUUUUGCUUAUAUUUCCUGGAAGUUUGAGUGUGGGUCGGUUGGCCUAAAAGUAGAUAGCAUUUCUAUUAGAACAAGUAGUCAAACUUUUCAGACUGGAACAAUAGAAUGGAAAUUGCGAUCUGAUACAGCACGAGUAGAACUGACAGGCGAUAACAGUCUUCACUCCUAUGCUGAUUUUUCUGGUGCCACUGAAGUUAUUUUGGAAGCAGAAUUAAGCAGAGGAGAUGGUGAUGUCGCUUGGCAACACACCCAGCUGUUUAGACAAAGCUUAAAUGACCAUGAAGAAAAUUGUUUGGAGAUAAUUAUAAAAUUCAGUGACCUUUGAGAACCUGAACAUUAUAGAAAAGCUGGCAAUAAUCAAGGACUUACUGAAGUAGUCUGUUGGUUCAGUGCAUGCUUAGUUGGCAGUUACCACCCUGUGCUAGCAUAUUUCUUUUGCUAGCUAUCCAUCAUGUAACCCUCAUGAAAAUUAUCUUUAUAUGUGGACUAUAAUAAAAUAUUGAAUUAAAA